UUCUGUCUGCCGCGAGAGGAAGAACAUACAGAAAAAAGGUUCGAUUCCGGAGAAAGAACCGAAAGUGCUCGAGAAAACUGCAGUUGUACUGGAAAAGUGCAGUUUCUUAUCUCUCUCUCUCUCUCUAUUCACCGAUUCCUCAAGUGCCGUUGUGACCAAAAUCAAGAGAAAUGGGUCGUUGUGCUUCUUUCGGGUGCAAAGAAAUGGGAGUUUAUAAGUUUCCUGAAGAUACUGUUAUGAGAAGAAAAUGGGAAAAAUCUUUGAGGAUAGUAAAGUUCAAAUGUACUGAUCAUUCUAGGUUAUGUGGUGAACAUUUCAAAGAUUCUGAUUUUGAGACUACUUCAAAGACAACUGGAUAUUCACUCGAAAGAAAUUUUUUUGAAAAAUCAGCUGUACCUUCCAUAUUUCGCUGUACUUCGAAUUCUAUCAGUCCACGGAUGUUGAGAUUAGAAAAAAGGAAUGCAAAACGUGAUUUGAAGCCAGCUAGUAGUGAAUCAUCUGAAAUGUUCCACGGAUCGCAAUCAUUCAGAAUUUCAAGAAAGGAAUUCCAAGAAAGGAAUUCCAUGCCGGAAAUGACUCUACAUAAGUAAAUAGUAUACAUUUAUUGCUGCUGAAAAUCAGAGUUCAAGAGAUAUGACAUUUAUGGCAAAGCAACCAGAAGAUAAUUUCUUUUUUAAAGCAGUAAUUUGUUUUAGAUACAUUUAGCGAUAGCAUAUUCGAUUCACGAAUAUCAAACCAAGUAUGAAGCAAGGCAAUAAAGUAGGUUUUGAUG